AGAAGCGGGUUGAGCUGGAUUUUGCUGGAGCACACACUUGAUUUUUUUUCAGGAAUUGUAAAAACAAUUAAAAUUCCUUAAGUAAAUCGACGACAAAUUUCAAAAUGAUGUCGACGACCUUUCUUUUGAAACAAUGUGUGCGUCGGUAUUGUCUCGGUGCGCGACAAACUUUAGCCGUUCAGGAUCGAAUUCGUGAUAAGAGGGAGCAGGCCAACCUGGGCGGUGGGGUCAAGAGGAUAGAAACUCAGCAUAAAAAGGGAAAACUCACUGCUCGAGAACGCGCUCAUGUUCUCUGCGACCCUGGAACGUUUACAGAAUUCGACAUGUUCAUGGAACACACUUGUGCAGAUUUCAACAUGGAGAAAGAAAAGUAUCCGGGCGAUUCCGUCGUGACGGGGAAAGGGCUCAUCAACGGCAAGCUGACCUACAUCUUUAGCCAAGAUUUCACCGUUUUUGGUGGCAGUUUGAGUAGCGUGCAUGCCAAAAAAGUCUGCAAGAUAAUGGACCAAGCCAUGCUCGUCGGUGCCCCCGUAAUCGGCCUGAACGACUCUGGCGGUGCUCGAAUUCAAGAAGGUGUCGAAUCUUUGGCCGGAUAUGCCGACAUUUUCCAGCGAAACGUCGAAGCUUCCGGGGUCGUUCCGCAAAUCUCUUUGAUCAUGGGGCCCUGCGCGGGCGGAGCAGUUUACUCCCCAGCCCUCACCGAUUUCACGUUCAUGGUCAAAAACACAUCGUACCUCUUCAUCACGGGACCCGACGUGGUCAAGUCGGUCACCAACGAGGACGUCACCCAGGAACAGUUGGGCGGCUCGAAGACGCACACGACCCUGUCCGGCGUGGCGCAUAAAGCGUUCGAAAAUGAUAUCGAUGCUCUACUCAAUAUACGAGACCUGAUGUCCUUCCUCCCCUCGUCUAACCGCGAAGGCGCCCCCAUCAUUGAAGCCGUCGACCCUUGGGACCGCGACGUUCCCGUUCUCGAUGGCGUCGUCCCACUCGAAUCGACACAAGCUUACGACAUGGGCGACGUCAUUCUCGGUGUGGUCGAUGAUCGCGAAUUUUUCGAAAUUAUGCCCGCUUACGCCAAAAAUAUUAAGAUUGGGUUCGGCAGAAUGAACGGAAGGACGGUCGGGAUUGUCGGGAAUCAGCCCAAAGUGGCGGCUGGGUGCUUGGACAUCAACGCUUCCGUCAAGGGGGCGAGAUUCGUCCGUUUCUGCGAUGCUUUUAACAUCCCCAUCAUAACUUUUGUCGACGUACCGGGAUUCUUGCCAGGAACGGCGCAAGAGUAUGGAGGAAUUAUUCGACACGGUGCUAAACUUUUGUACGCCUUUGCGGAAGCGACUGUUCCAAAAAUUACCAUUAUUACGAGAAAAGCCUACGGUGGUGCUUACGACGUCAUGUCAUCCAAACAUUUACGCGGCGAUGUCAACUACGCCUGGCCAACUGCCGAAGUUGCCGUGAUGGGUGCUAAAGGAGCCGUCUCGAUUCUCUACAGGGGCCAAACCGAUGUCAAAAAAUACGAGGACGAAUACGUCGACAAAUUUGGGAACCCAUUCCCCGCCGCGAUUCGCGGCUAUGUGGACGACAUCAUCGAGCCGAGAGCCACACGAAGGCGAAUUUGUCAAGAUUUGGAUGCUCUAGCCAACAAAAAAUUGACAAAUCCGUGGAAAAAACAUGGAAAUAUUCCACUCUAAAAUAUUAGGAUAGAAGAAAUUCAUGACAAAUUUUAUUUUGGUUAGGAAAUAUUCCGUAGGAAAAACUGAAUCUAAACAAAUUUAGUCUAUUUUA